AUGCAUGUGGCGAUUGAUAUCAUCAUCGCCGUCGGCGUCGCCCUGGGCGUCACUUUUUUUUAUGGGCAUUACUGUGAAGAAGAUUGGUUGGCUGCUGUGCAAUUCAGCAUAGCGGUUUGUCUGGUUGGACUGAAUGUAGUCCUCUUUGUCCACCACUCGACGCCUACGGUGGACGGAUUAAUGUCCGCCGAUUUGGCAUUUCUGGUCAAUGGGACCUUUCUUCAAGCAGUUUUUUGGGUUUCUGAAUGUUGGAGUUUUGAGAGUAAAACUUGGUCCUACGGGACUCUCGUGAUGGGAUUGCUCAACGAUAGUUUGGCGAUAGCCAGUACGGCAUGCGCCGUCAAAAAAAGUGGAUGGACGAGUGGAAAUACCUUCGCCUUUUCGCUGGGCUGCCUGAGUAUUGGUUUGCCCAUCAUUUUACUAUUGUAUGAUUUGUGCCGAUUGGAGGCGUGGCCUCGCAUAACGAGCAUUCGAAUUCGGGGAGAUAAGGGGAAGAGGCGUUCGAGAAAACCAUCAACCGGAUCACCAUGA